CCCACUCCCAAGAUGGCGGCGCCCAGCGGAAGCCGCGGCGGCGGCGGCGCGGUCUGCUGGGCUGCGCUGCUCCUGGCGGCCGUGGCUCUGAGACCGACGGAGGCCGUGUCCGAACCCACGACCGUGGCGUUUGACGUGCGGCCCGGCGGCGUCCAGCACUCGUUCUCCCAGAACGUGGGUCCCGGGGACAAAUUCACCUGCACAUUCACCUACGCUUCUCAAGGAGGGACCAAUGAGCAGUGGCAGAUGAGCCUGGGCACCAGCGAGGACCACCAGCACGUCACCUGCACCAUCUGGAGGCCGCAGGGCAAGUCCUACCUGUACUUCACCCAGUUCCAGGCCGAGGUGCGCGGCGCAGAGAUCGAGUACGCCAUGGCCUACUCGAAAGCGGCAUUUGAGCGGGAGAACGACGUCCCCCUGAAGAGUGAGGAGUUCCAGGUGACCAGGACGGCAGUGGCUCACAGGCCUGGAGCCUUCAAAGCGGAGCUGUCCAAGCUGGUGAUCGUCGCCAAGGCCACCCACAGCGAGCUGUGACUGGCACCCACGGGGCGGCCUUGCCCCUUCCCCACCGAAGAGCCCCGGCCCACAGGGAGCUGGCGACCCACUGCUGUCUGGGGCCAUGCACAAGGCACAGAUCGGUGUUUCCACGGAGCCCCGCCCUCCUGGCCUGGCUCAACUCCACAGGACCACAGCCUGCCUGGCUCCCGUGACCCAGACACCUCCCGGCAGAGCGUGGAGCGUUUCCUCGCAUGCACGGUCAGCUGGCCCUGGACAGCACCCUUGAGCCCUCAGUGGAGGGCCUGGGACCUCCUUUCAGGCCAGCCUCAAAGACAGAAUGUUUUGAUAUUUAAAUAAAUGGAAAGCCGUCUGCCA